AUGACAUAUGGUGGUCUGGACUGCAGAUACUGGCCAACAUAUCCACCUAUGGAUGUUCGGCUUCCCCAUGAACUCAAUGUUUAUCAGGAUAUUUUUAAGGAAUUCUACUUAAGCAAGCACAGUGGGAGAAGAUUAAUGUGGCAAAAUUCAUUAGGUCACUGUGUGUUGAAAGCAGAAUUUCCGAAAGGUAAAAAGGAGCUCGCAGUUUCUCUAUUUCAGACUGUUGCUUUGAUGCUGUUUAAUGAUGCCCAAAAGCUUAGCUUUCAUGAUAUUAAAGACUCUACUAGCAUUGAGGAGAAGGAGCUGAGAAGAACUCUGCAGUCCCUUGCAUGCGGAAAAGUUCGUGUCCUUCAAAAGAUUCCCAAAGGUAGAGAAGUGGAGGACAAUGAUUUGUUUUUGUUUAAUGAUCAAUUUGCUGCACCUCUCUAUCGUAUAAAGGUAAAUGCUAUUCAGAUGAAGGAAACAGUGGAAGAGAAUACAAGCACCACUGAAAGAGUAUUCCAGGACCGUCAAUAUCAGGUUGAUGCUGCUAUUGUUCGGAUAAUGAAGACUAGAAAAGUGCUGAGUCACACACUCUUGAUAACUGAACUCUUUCAGCAGCUCAAGUUUCCGAUAAAACCAACCGACUUGAAGAAAAGGAUUGAGAGCCUCAUUGACAGGGAGUACCUUGAGCGAGACAAGAGCAACCCACAAAUAUACAAUUACUUGGCAUAA